CAGCUGAGCGAGGGGAGGGCGGUCGAGAGAGAGAGAGAAAAAAAGAGAGAGAGAGAAUGGGAGGAGAGAUUGUUGCCUAUCCCACAGCAGAGACCCACAGGAGUCAUACAGAGGAAGAGAGUGAAAGAGAGAGAGACAGUUCAGACACAAGAGUGUCACUGAAUCCGAACCAGUCAUGGACUAAAACCAGGCAGGAAUCAGCCCUCUCUGAUCGCCACGAUGGAACCGUAACUGACCUCCGCCUCCCUGACGUUCCUCUGGACUCUCAUCUGGGCUUGGAUUAUUAUUUAUUAACUUUAUUUUAUGUUUGGAGAGGUCUGAGACGCACCAUGCACACCAGAGGCAAGUCCCGCAGCUGCGACAACUACCUGAGCAUCAAGGACUCGGAGUCGUUGGACAGUUGUAUCCAGCACGCUCUGUCUGCUCUGUACGCUCCGUUCGGAGUGACGGCUGGCACUGUGCUGUGGCAGCUCUUCAGCGUGGUGGAGAGGCAGUACCGGGGGGACGGGCUGCGCUGUUUUGUGGACUUCCUGCUGCCGGCACAGAGGAUCCUCAGCAUCAUCCAGAGAGAAACCAGCAUCCGAUUUAAAGGUUUGGUUCUGUACCACGAGGGCUGGCCGCUCUGCAUCCACGAGAAAGUGGUGGUCCAGCUGGCCCCCCUGCACAAGGUGCGGCUGCGGCAGGGCGACUUCUACCUGCAGGUGGUUCCGUUGGGCCGUAAGGCGGCUAAGCUGGUGGUGAAAUGCCUGCUGGGCGGCGGGCAGGCUCUGGCCGAGGUGACCGUCCCCGAGAGCAUGUACGGCAGCGUCUUCACCGCUGACUUCCUGCAGCAUGUGACCCGCGAGCGCAACCUGCAGCCCCUCCACAACUGCCUGCUGAGCACCGGAACCGCCGUCUACCGAACCCCCUGGAAGAACGUGGUGAACCCUGUCUGCGUGAGCAGCGCCGCCAUGCUGGGCACCACCCUGAGGGGGCAGCUGGGCUCCCCCUGCAGCACCCACGGCUCCACCGGCACCCUGGACAGCCGACGGAGCUCCAGAGACUCGCUGGGCUCAGAGUCCACCGCCUCAGAACCACUGCUGGGACACAGCCCUGAAGAUAUUCUGAUCAGACACCAGCCUGGUUCUUCUACCAGAACCGCUGCUGGAACCCAGAACCAGGAGAGUGAGGGGAGAGGAGGAGGAGUCGCCUACAGGCCGAGCUCCUCCAGGUCCCUGUCCUUCAGCACGGACCUCAGCAACCCCAGCCCUCGCAGACGCCACCCCCGAGACUCCUCCGCCUUCGAGACCCGCCGGCUCUUCAGGAAGUCCUACAUGGAGGCUCUGCAGAACCCCAUGAACCUGGGCUCCAGUUCUGAGUCCAUUCUGGAGGAGUCGGGGGGACGUUCCUCCCCGUCCCCCCAGCAGCAGGAGUCCCUGCCCCGCCGGAUCUGCGCCCGCGGUUGGCUGGGAGGGGACGAGUCCCGCUCCGGCUCCGUAUCCGGAUCCCCCUUGUUCCGCUCCGCCCUGCAGCCCGACAACCCCGAGAGACGCUCCAAAUCCCUGGAGAGGACUACCAAAGCCUCUCAGAUCAGAGGCCACCGGGCCCGAUCGUCCUCGGGGGGUUCUGGAGGAGCUUCUCCAAAGAAGUUGAUGAACGGAUGCGCACUGCGGUUCGGCAGGAUCGACCUGGAGGCGGCGUUUUCCAUCACAGAGAGACGCAACUCCAAAGGAGACUCAGGUAUCGCAGACUCCCCGGCCUCUCCGGAGAGGAGGAUCAGCCUGAGCGGAGGUGAAGACUCUCCGUCCUUCGCCUCCUCACGCUCCUCCCCCCUCUCAGCACCUCCCCCCACGUCGCCCCCUGCUGCCUGCGGCCCGACGCUGCCCUCGCUCAUCACUCAGCUCCACCCGGAGCUGCUGAGCUCCGCCGCUGUCACCCUACCCGGUAACUGUGACCGCGGGGGGCGCUGUGUGCUGCAGGUGUGCAUGAGAAAGAAGGUGUGGACGGAGGAGAGCUUCACCUGUAGAGAUCUGACUGGCCUGCUGGGAUACUACUGCUCCACACUGCGAAAGGAGAAGAGGGAUGCAGGUCUGACCGUAUUGGUGGACGCCCGGAGACAGCCGGCCAAUCCCCUGCUUUUCUCAGCGCUGUCCCAGCUUCAGACGUGUCUCCCCAACGCACUUUACUCCGUUCUCUUACUGUCCGACAAAGAAACCUCCAUCAAACCUGAGAGAUGUUCCUCCAUUCCAUGUGAAGUUGUGACGUCUCUGAAAUCUCUACUGAAACACAUCGACUCGUCUCAACUCACCAGAGAUCAGGACGGCUCUUUCCCCUACGACCACAAUCACUACAUCCAGUUCAGACAGAAAAUGGAGCAGUUCUCCAGCAGCUGCAGCUCCUCCAUCUCCUCCCUCCAGCGCUCCAUCCACACCCUCAACACCAACCGCAGCCUGGAGACCAGCAAGGAGGUGUCGGAGGUGAUCAGUCAGCAGAGGAACCUGAUGAGGAACGUGCUGGAGGACACUCAGCUCAACUGUCUCAGGAUGGAGGGCGGGACCUUCCUCGCGCGGGUCAGAAAAGAGGAAACCUGUGAAAUAGAAAAUUACAGGGACGCUGUGGACUCGGCCUGCUCCCUCUAUAAUCAGAUGGACGAGGAGGUUCAUAAGCUGGUGAUCCUCUCUAACAGAUCCCUGCAGCAGCUGGAGGACCUGCUGGAGCUCCGGAGCUUCCAGGAGGAGAGCGAGCAGGUGAAGCGCUGGUUCAGCGUGGAGGCGGAGAAACACCUGGCGCCCCUGGACUCCCUCACCUUCACCUUCAGCUCCCUGCAGGAAAUGAGGCGGAGCCUGGAGCAGUUCAGCGAGGAGGCCGCGCUCCAGCAGAAAAAGGCCGUGUCUCUGAUGAGGGAGUCGAGACACUCGUCCGGUUCAGAUUUACAGGACUUUAAACCGCAGAUCAGCUCCGUCCUCCAGCAGACGGAGACGCGGCGGAGCGAACUGAACAUCCUGCUGAAACUCUACGAGUUCUACGACUCGGCGGAGCAGUGGAUGGCACACUGCCAGGACUACUUUCAGCAGCUGAGUGUGGAGCACAGCGGUUCUAGAUACCCUGCAGAGGUUCUCCAGGUUCUGCAGGACUACCUGAGUGAAGCCAGUAAGUUCUCAGAGGAGAACUUCAGCUCCCUGAGCGAGACGGUGUCCACGCUGAGGAGCCCGAGAGAGCUGCAGCACUGGAACCGGGUCUGGACCCGCUGCCAGCAGACCCGCCACAGACUGCAGGAGGCGCUGACCCCUGACCCCGAGGAGGAGGAGGAGGAGCCUGAGAGACCGCGGGACCCUGAGAGCAGCACGCCGGACCGGAACUCCUCGGAUCUCUCAGAGCCGGGGUCCGUAGCUCCGCCCCCAGCUGACAGGUCGAGGAAAACGUCUCUGGACAGCAGCUACCUGCCGGAGACUCCGCCCCCUCAGGUGUGCCGGGCGUUUGAGUUUGAGGAGAGGAAGCCCCUCUCAGCCGGACCGCUUCCUAAAGGCCAUUCGCCCUUCCCGUUCCCUCCCUUCCCAUUGGACAGCGGGAAGCUGUCCCCGUCCCUAUUGGAGGACACGGACAGCGACUGCACCGUGGACUCCCUGCACUCCUGCCGCUCCGAGCCGGCCUAUCAGAGACACCGAAAGCCCCCCCUGAAGAAGAUCAUGAAGAAGACGCUGAGCCACGACCCGGGGCUGCGGGACCACCGCGGCUACACCGGGGUCUACAUCAGGGGUCUGGAGAUCAGCAACAACGUCAGCCUGGAGAAGAAGCUGCAGAGAACCCAGCUGAAGAGCCCCCCCCUCACCCGCACCCGCAGCCUGUCCUCCCCCUCAACAACCAGCCCGCGGGAGACCACCACACACAGCAGUAAAGUCCAGCACAUCAUGGAUGAGAUGAUCUCCACAGAGCGGGAGUACGUCCGGUCCCUGUCCUACAUCAUCCAGCACUACUUCCCCGAGAUGGAGCGUCUGGAUCUUCCUCAGGACCUGAGAGGAAAACGCAGCAUCAUCUUCGGGAACCUGGAGAAGCUGUGUGACUUCCACAGCCUGUACUUCCUGAAGGAGCUGGAGAGAUGCUCUCACGCACCGCUGACCAUCAGCAGCUGCUUCCUCAGACACGAGGAGCAGUUUGGUAUGUACGCGCUCUACAGCAAAAACAAACCCCGCUCAGACGCCCUGCUCACCAGCCACGGAAACAGCUUCUUCAAGAAUAAACAGGUGGAGCUGGAGGAUAAGAUGGACCUGGCCUCCUACCUGCUGAAGCCCAUUCAGAGGAUGAGUAAAUACGCUCUGCUGCUGAAGGAUCUGAUAAAGGAGUGCGGUCAGUCUCAGGAGCAGGAGCUGAGCGACCUCAGGGCCGCUGAAGAGAUGGUGAAGUUCCAGCUGAGGCACGGGAACGACCUGCUGGCCAUGGACGCCAUCCGGGGCUGUGAUGUGAAUCUGAAGGAGCAGGGGCAGCUCAGGUGUCAGGAUGAGUUCAUGGUCUGGUGCGGGAGAAAGAAGUACCUGAGACACGUCUUCCUGUUCGAGGAUCUCAUCCUCUUCAGCAAGACCAAGAAGAUCGAGGGAGGAUACGACAUCUACAUCUACAAACAGUCCUACAAGACGGCUGAGAUCGGGAUGACGGAGAACGUGGGCGACAGCGGCCUGAGGUUCGAGAUCUGGUUCCGCCGCAGGAAGUCUCAGGACACCUUCAUCCUGCAGGCCAACUCCGCCGAGACCAAAGCGGCCUGGACCUCCAUCAUCGGCAAAAUCCUGUGGAGACAAGCACUGAGGAACCGAGAGCUGAGGAUGCAGGAAAUGGUUUCUAUGGGCAUCGGAAACAAACCCUUCAUGGACAUCAAACCCAGCGAAGCGGCCAUCAGUGACCGAGCCAUCGAUUACAUCAUGAAGGGAACAGAGUCUCGCUCUCGCUCGUCCGUCGCCGCCUCCCCCUCGGACCUCCCCAGCCCCUUCAAACGACCCCACUCCACCAUCUCCAACAGCAGCUCCUCCUCCUCCAGCAGCCACUCCUCAUCCUCAACCUUCCUUAACCUGCACCUCUACAGCUCCCCUACACACAGCCUCAGCCACGCCCUGCCACACGCCCUGCCGCACGCCCUGCCGCACGCCCUGCCACACGCCCUGCCACACACGCUGCCCGGCUGGCCCUACGACUGCAUCGAGGAGGACGAGCUGGAGACGGACGCCGGAGCCCAGCCCUCCAUGAUUACUGAAAGUUCAGAGUCCUCCUCUCAGAGUGUGUGCAGUGAUGGAGUGAUCACCUCCACCCCCCCUCCCCUAACGCUGGGCUCCUACUCCUCCAACAGAGAGUCCUCCACAACCUUCCUCUCCUCCUCCACCCCCUCCUCCUCCUCCUCUUCAUCCUCCUCAUCCUCCUCCUCCAUCCUUUACCACAAAGAGCAGGAGCUCCCGCCCGACACCACCAACUUCAUCACUGCGCUCUGAAUCCUGCAGCAGUGGUUUCUGGAUGCCUCGACUCUUGUGAUUAUGAAAGCACUGGACCAGCGUGGACGGACCCGCGGUCAUUUCUGAGACUGAAACUCUUGUAUAUAUUUAUUAAAAUGAUUAUGUUGCAGAUGAACUCUGAACUACUGCUCAGUACUGAAGAAUGAAGAGUGCUGGUACGCUACGGACUGAUCAGCAAGCCAGUCCACUACUGUAAAACUACCAAACCACUUUAAAACACUGUUUUUAAUGUUUUUUUAUUAUUUUAUUUUAAAGAAAGUUCAGAAAGCUUCACGGCAGCACAGCAGAUCUGACUUUGAACUUUUUGAAUUCAUGAUAAAAUAAAAAAAGUUUUGUCUUUGUAAAGAGAAGAGUGAAGAUGACUUUACUGUACAGCUGAAAACAUUGUUAAAUGUAGGAUUGUAAACACUAAUAAAAUCAAUUUUUUCCAACAACGUGUGGAAUUU